GUCCCGGAAACGUUGAGGUUAGUUCGCGAAAGGUAUGUACAUUAGUGGGAAAGAUUGGACAAGUAAAAUCCCCUAUGUAAUUUACCCAGUUAUUUUAUAGUAAAUUACUAGGUGUUUUUUAUUUUUACAAAUAUCCUUUAAUAUCUUUUAAUACUUCUUACCAGCAGGUUCAGCAAGCUGCGCUAGUAGAAGUUGUGUUAUCUUUUCUCGGGAAGUUUCUGUGUUCGUUUUUAUUAGCUACAUUGGAGAAAAACACACAAUGAAGUUUGCGGAGCAUCUUUCCGCGCACAUUACACCCGAGUGGCGGAAACAGUACAUUAGUUAUGAGGAGAUGAAGGCAAUGCUUUAUGCAGCUGUCGAAGAGGCUCCUUCGGCUGAGAGCGUAGAGCCAGAAGUCAUUUCUCGUCACUUUGCAUCAUUCGAUGAGGUUUUCUUUACCUUCUGCGACCGAGAACUUAAAAAGAUCAAUACAUUUUAUUCCGAGAAGCUGGCAGAGGCCACGCGCAAGUACGCUGCCUUGCAGAGCGAGCUGAUGACGGCUCUGGAAUUGCAUCAUGGCGGGAAAGGAAAAGGAAAAGUCAUAACAAAAUCACAUCUGCCCACUCGGAAACUGCGAGAACUGAAACUUGCAUUUUCGGAGUUUUACCUCUCGCUCAUUCUCUUGCAGAACUAUCAAAAUCUCAAUUACACUGGCUUUCGCAAGAUACUGAAAAAACAUGAUAAGCUCCUGUCAGUCGAUACUGGUUCAAAAUGGCGAGUCGAAUGCGUAGAAACGUCUCAUUUUUAUACGUCAAAGGACAUCGACAGACUAAUUCAAGAUACCGAAGCCACCGUUACGAGCGGGCUCGAAGGCGGGGACCGACAGCGGGCCAUGAAAAGACUCAGAGUGCCUCCCCUUGGCGAACAUCAGAGUCCCUGGACUACAUUCAAAGUAGGACUGUUCUCUGGCAGUUUUAUCAUUCUUUUCGUAGCAGUCGUCUUGUCAGCAAUGUUUCAUGACGGGGGAGAGAACCUCAAAAUAGCGUUUCGCUUGUACCGAGGACCACUACUGCUCAUCCAAGUUCUUUUCCUUAUCGGCGUUAACGUUUACGGAUGGAGGUCCUCUGGAGUGAAUCACGUCCUAAUAUUCGAAUUGGAUCCAAGAAAUCAUCUGUCGGAGCAGCACCUCAUGGAGCUCGCAGCAGUCCUAGGAGUAGUAUGGACCCUCAGCUUGCUCAGUUUUUUAUACAGUGCCAGUUUAAGCAUCCCUCCCUACGUGAAUCCAUUGGUGCUCGUCGGAAUUAUGCUUGCCUUCCUGCUGAAUCCGUUCAGGAUGUUCCAUCACGAGGCGAGAUUCUGGUUGUUAAGGAUAAUGUGGAGAGUCCUGAUAGCGCCAUUUGUGUUUGUCAACUUUGCGGAUUUCUGGCUGGCCGACCAGUUGAACAGUCUGGCAACCGCCCUGUUGGAUUUCCAUUUUCUUGCCUGUUUUUACGCCACCAACGGAAACUGGUUGGACGCCGGAGAUACGACGCAAUGCAUGUCCGGCUCUUUAAUCGUCAGGCCCAUCGUUAACUGUUUGCCGGCCUGGUUCAGAUUUGCUCAGUGCAUACGUCGUUAUCGCGACUCGAAGGAGGCCUUUCCUCACUUGGUCAAUGCGGGGAAGUAUUCGACCACUUUUCUCGUCGUUAUCAGUGCGACUCUCAGGAGUUAUCAUGCAGAUAAAUACACGAACAACUGGGACAGUCCGUGGCUUUGGAUGUGGCUAGCGAGUUGCAUCUUCAACUCGAUUUAUUCCUACACGUGGGACAUCAAAAUGGACUGGGGUCUGCUGGACAGCAAUGCUGGAGAGAAUAAAUUUCUGCGGGAAGAAGUGGUUUACUCCUCCGCUAGCUUCUACUACUUUGCCAUCAUCGAAGACUUCUUCCUGAGAUUCUCUUGGGUUGCGAGCUACAUUCUGAUCGAGUACGGAUACAUUUCCAAUGACUUAAUGACUUCUAUCUCGGCUCCGCUGGAGGUCUUCAGGCGGUUCAUUUGGAACUUCUUUCGGCUGGAGAACGAGCACUUGAAUAAUUGCGGCAAGUUUCGAGCAGUACGAGACAUAUCCAUUGCGCCUGUCGAGAGUUCCGAUCAGACGCAAAUAUUACGGAUGAUGGACGAGGAGAACGGAGUUAUUAAUCGUGGAAAGCGCAAAGGAGGUGGCAAGAAACACAGCGGUGGGAAGGAGGACAAGAGGUCGUUAAUUAAGGAAGAAACGAUCGAUAUAGACGUAUCGAACGCCAGUUGAGCUCAGCUGUUAAUAUUCCUAAAAUAUCGCGUAAAUAUUGCGAAUAUCCGGAGUAUAUUAAUAGAUUUAAAGAAUAUUCAUAAGUACAAUGGUGCGUUAGCUGGGAUUAUCAUCCGCUUGACGUUGGUGGUAAAAGACGAGUGGGUUUUGAAGGUUAGGGAUUGGAACCCUCGAGAGGCGUCAUUUAGAAGCAUCUUUGAUAUAUUUCUAAGAAGGCAAGGGAAUAGCGUGUGCCAACUGUAAAACUACAGUGCCUUUUCAUUUUACUGAAUUUCAUUUGGUCAUUCGGUGGUUUUUCGAUCAUUCUCUCCGAUCAUAUAACCACGAGUACAUAGUGAAGAAAAAUAAACGAGUCGAUUCCUAAAUUCCUUUUGGGAUUUUCGUUACGAAGUGAUCCAUAUAAACCGUAGGCAAAUUGUUUAAUAAUAAUGUUAUGCUACGACGAUGUCACUGUUGGCUUUUGAGUUACUUUUCUUUCGACGGUAUGAUUUGUAACUUGAAUUGCCAAAUGGUCGUCGAUAGGCAUCGAUAAAAUGGAUCUCACUCGAUGGGAUCGAAGUUUAUUAAGGUACUUGAAUAGUGAACUAGUACACGAAGCAGAGCCUUGCGUCGAUCUUAAUAGCGAAAUAAUAUUUUAACAGUGGGUAAGCGUUCAUUUCAGCUAAGUAGGCGUUCCAUUCUUAAGUAUCAGUAUUUUCCGUUCCACUUACUAGAUCUGUGGAGCACAUCUAAAGAUAAUGUAACGACUAAACGCUCCUUAUUGGAGCGUGCCUUAGUUAUUUCCGUGAUACAGGGUGUCAAGGUGUAUUCUCUACACGGAAAGUGGCUUUUCAGUACUUAGAAUGUAAAUUAAUUGAAUCAACAGAACAUCUCUUUGGUUCAAUGACAUUUUUUUUUUCUCACUGCUCACGGAGCUUUCGAGAAUGUUUCUUUAAACAAUCCAAUGAAACGCAUUUAGGGGAGAAGGAAGUAUCAAAUUAGCCAUUUUUCUGUUCACCUGCAUUAGCCUAACAAUUGCGUCAGAGCUUUAGUUUAUAAUAGCUGAAAUACCGUUUAAGUACACAAUUAUACAUCAAUUUUUACUUGGCGUAACAAUACCUCGAUUCAUUUGUACUUAUCAUACUUGUUAGUGAUCCGAUGUUCAUUCCUUACGAUUUAAGCUUUAGCUAAUUUUUUUUUUUCCACAAGAUUUAUGCGCAAGAAAGAAGAACGUUUUAUCCAAUAUUUAAUAAGUUUAGCAAUGUUAGCCCUCCUUAUUCUAUACAAUAUUUCUAUAUUUGAUAAUAAUAUUUGGGAUAUUCAGUUUCGUUUGUGACGAACCACCCGAUAUAUUUCAAUUAUUAAGACGAUAAUUGAACCAUCCGUACCAUACCAUCCUUACUGUCAGUAUCGCAAAAAGUCGUUACUGCCUUGUGUGAUAUUUUUCGCUUUUUUUUUCUUUUCUUUUAAAUACAGAACAUGCGUUAUCA